CAACCCUUCUCCUCCUAGUCGACACAUCCUACCCCCCUCCCCACCAUGUCCUCAAACGACGAGGUCGACGGCUGGAUUGCCCAGCUCAUGCAAUGCAAGCCCCUCUCCGAGACAGAGGUCAAGAAGCUCUGUGACAAAGCCCGCGAGGUUCUCAUGGAGGAGUCCAACGUCCAGCCAGUCCGGUGUCCCGUGACGGUUUGCGGUGACAUCCACGGCCAGUUCCACGACCUGUCUGAGCUUUUCCGCAUCGGCGGCAACUCACCCGACACCAACUACCUGUUCAUGGGCGACUACGUCGACCGUGGCUACUACUCUGUCGAGACUGUCACUCUCCUGGUCGGUCUCAAGCUGCGCUACCGCGACCGCGUGACGAUCCUCCGUGGCAACCACGAGUCGCGCCAAAUCACCCAGGUGUACGGCUUCUACGACGAGUGCCUGCGCAAGUACGGCAACGCCAACGUGUGGAAGUACUUCACCGACCUCUUUGACUACUUGCCCCUCACGGCCCUUAUCGACAAUCAGAUCUUCUGUCUGCACGGCGGUCUGUCGCCGUCGAUCGACACACUUGACCACAUCCGCUCCAUCGACCGUAUCCAGGAGGUUCCCCAUGAGGGGCCAAUGUGCGACUUGCUCUGGUCCGACCCGGACGACCGCUGCGGCUGGGGCAUCUCGCCCCGUGGAGCCGGCUACACCUUCGGCCAGGACAUUUCGGAAGCAUUCAACCACAACAACGGUCUUACGCUCGUCGCACGUGCGCACCAGCUUGUCAUGGAGGGCUUCUCGUGGUCGCAGGAGCGUAACGUCGUUACCAUCUUCUCGGCGCCAAACUACUGCUACCGUUGUGGUAACCAGGCGGCCAUCCUAGAGGUCGACGAUGCGCUCAAGUACACCUUCUUGCAGUUUGACCCUGCUCCGCGCGCCGGCGAGCCGCUUGUUUCGCGCCGGCCUCCAGACUACUUCCUGUAA